AUGCUGCUGGGCCCUGGUAGACGAUUCCAUUGGUGCGACCUGGCAUCCUCCCAAGCAAUCCUGCCCUCCUACCCUGAUCCUCAACAGCCCUUCAUCGUGGACACUGAUGCCAGCAAUCAGACGUUUGGGUGCCCCGACUUCAACAAACUGAAGUGGGAGGAUUAUGGCGGCGCCCAUGGAGACAUGCACCGUGUAAGUGGCAGGGACGAGCGCUGGGUGAUGGAGGAACUCCUGCCCAACCUGGAGCGCAGGGGACCCCCAUUCCUGAAGCUUUGCCUGCACAGCCGGGACUUCCAGCUGGGGAAGGAUAUUGUGGAGAAUAUAACUGACAGUCUGUACAGGAGCCGCCGCACCCUCUGCCUGGUCAGCCGCCACUACCUGCGGAGCAACUGGUGCUCCCUGGAGAUGCGGCUUGGCACCUACCGGCUGCAGGUGGAGCACAGGGAUGUGCUGAUCCUGGUGUUCCUGGAGAAGAUCCCUUCUAACCUGCUCUCUGCCCAUCACAGGCUGGCCCGACUCGUCAAGACCAGGACUUACAUAGAGUGGCCUCAAGACCCAGCCCAACAGGAGGCAUUCUGGGAAAGACUGUGGAAAAAACUGUUGCCAGACAGGGUGCAAUGAGUCACCAUGUGCAAUUUUUGGAAUCCUUAUACUAUUUCAAUUCAACCAGAAUGUAGCAGAAAGUAGUGUGCAUAAAGAUAUUUACUAUAUUUGUUCAAAUCAUUUAAAAGAUUUAGGAUUGUUUUGCUUGAUUUUUAAGGAAAUGUAAUCUUCAGAUUUGUUUCUUAGCUUGCACUUCAUAACUAUUGUGUACAGUUAGUUUGAGAAUCACAUCAGCCAUGUAAGUAAGAGCGACCUGUGACAAUAUGUCAUAAUCUCAUAAAAUAUGUAAUAAUAUUUACAGUUGGCUCUUUCUAUCAAUAUUGAGUAGUUUAUGACAUGUAUUUGAAUUGUUUUGUUUGGUUGCUAAUUUGAAUAACAAAGAAAUUAGU